AUGGCAGUCCCCAAGAGACAGUGGGCAGCUGUAAGAAUAGGCAACCCCAGCGACGAGGCCAGAGCAUCUCUGGAGGAGAUCGACGUUGAGCUUCCAGGCCCCGAUGAGAUUCUCAUCAAGAUCAACUGGACCGGCGUUUGCGGCUCAGACGAUGCUCUCUUCCACGGCGCUUGGAAGACUGUAGGAGUAGACGUCACGCCCGAGCACAAAGGCAUCCACGGUCACGAAGGCGCCGGCGACGUGGUGGCUGUUGGCGAGAACAUGCGCGAGAAGUGGAAGAUCGGCGACCGAGCCGGCAUCAAGUGGUUCUGGUCAGUGUGUCGUCGUCUGGACUGCGAGUUCUGCAGCAACGGACUUGAUGAAGUGCACUGUCCCAGGCAACACAUCUCAGGUCUGACGAAGCCGGGAACGUUCCAACAGUACGCUCUCAGCGACGGUAAAUACGCAACCCGAAUUCCAGACGCUGUUCCUGACGAAGAGGCUGCACCGAUCAUGUGUGGUGGUAUCACAGCCUACGUUGGCGUCAAACGUGCGAACUUGCGGGCUGGCCAGUGGAUUGUGUGCAUCGGCGGUGGUGGAGGUCUCGGCCAUCUCGCAAGUCCAAAGGAGGCUCUGACCAGGUCGCUCGGCGCAGAAGUCUUUAUCGACUUCGAGCAGACACCCGACGUCGGCGCCGAGGUCAAGCGCGUCACCGAAUAUGGUGCCCACGGCGCGGUUAUCACCGCAUACACUCCGGCAGCAUAUGAGAGCGCGCCCAAUGUACUCCGUCCACGUGGAACAUUCGUCGUUGUUGGCUUGCCUCACAACUCAAAGUUGUUGGCUGGUGCUUACCCAAACACCAUGGUCCUUGGCCGGUUGACGAUGGUGGGCAGCUGCACUGGAUCGAUGAAGGACGCUGAGGAAGCCCUGGACCUGACAGCCAGAGGCUUGGUUCAUCCAAAGUUGCUUAGAGGUAAGCUCCGUGAUUUGGACGCUAUGUUCGACAAGAUGCACAAAGGUCAACUCGCCGGUCGGGCAGUGCUCAAGGUGUCAGAUGAUUAG